AUGCCUGCUUUAAUAUUUACACCGUUCAUGACAUCAAGUGUAGAUGAUAAGAAAACUAUUUCUGACAGGCAAUUUCUGAGCACAGAAUUACAACCACCUACUUUAGGUCCUUUAGAAUUGCACCCACCUACUGUAGAUCCGCAGGAGUUGCACCCACCUGUACAAGAAACUUUUAAAUAUCAACCUCCUUCGAUUGGUGUAUAUUCAACUUUACAAGACCCUUUAGGGCUAUUCAACCAGGAUAAUGGAGGUACGCAGCAAAAUGAACAGAAUAACUUCAAUGCAAACCUAAAUCUACCUGUAUACCCUCCGAUUCAAGCAGCACCAUCCGAUCAAUCAAACACAGCAAAUAAUAACAACGAAGCUAUAGGUGAAGUAUCCAAUUAUUCCAACGAUUUUAUGCAAAUAACUGACUCAUCCAAUAACACAAAUAACUUAUAUAAUCCACCAAAUAAUAACCAAGAAUUUCAUAACAACGUAAAAACCGAUUACACGGAAUUAACGGAACAGGAAUUCUUAAAACCUCUUCUUAAAUUGUACGAAAACGUCAUCCAUCAAGAAGACAAUGUUGCAACCAAAAAUACCAGCCAUAUUUCGAAGAAUUUCGUCGAAACCGUUACCGAACAAGCAUCGCAAAACGAGGUUGUCGCUCCAACAGAUAAAAUCGUUACAAAGAAUAAAGAUUUAACCGAAAAUAGAAGCCAAAAAACUUCUUUGAUGAAAGCCAUUCACGAUCUUUUCAAAAAUUCAAUACGAAGAGACGAUAUGGGUAUCAUUGAUAACAAACAUAAAGAACAUAUCGGCGAAAUUCUUCCAACAGACUUUCGUAGAACUAUAUCAACCAGAUUUCUACCUCACAGACUACUAAAUCAACUGUCGUUCAAACGAAAAUCCGAAAGAGAACAUCCAAUAACAUCCCUAGAACGCGCCGGAUUUAAGAUACCCGUAAUUUUUCCUUCGAACGAAGGCGUUACCGAAAAUGUGAACGAACUGCACAGUGUCAGAAGUUCGCGAUUGGGUUUUCUGGACCAAUUCCGGAUACCGAGACGGUACAACAAAUUCCGGGACACUUUCUACGAGGGGCAUCAAUCGUACUUCGAUCCCUCGGCUAGGUACCAAACUGCUUGGUCGUCUAGAAGGCCGAGAGUGAUUUUUUCCCACCGAUCAAGUCGCUUUUAG